ACAACACUGAAAUAUUUCUCCACUGCUGUCACUCAUACUCAAACCUGUAGAAACAUACACAUUUUAAGUUAUCUGGUCCAAGUCCAAGGUGGUAAAUAUUGUUUUAUUCCCACUCAUGUAGUCAUUUACAAAAAGGGAAAAUCCUUAUUCAGAACUGGACACUUGUCAUAUAUAUCCUACAAAUUAUAACUGACUUAUUAAUGUCAAACUGAGUUGAUUAUUAGAUGAAGCGUUUUUGAAAAAUCAUACAAGGCACAAGCAGACUGAAACAGCAGAAUAUUGGUACAGUAGAGGGAAAGAACCCAGGAAAAAGACAGAUGCAUCGCCCACUGCACUGAUAUUCGAUGCAUCUUUUUCAAUAUUUUCUGCUUUGGCUCCGCAGUAUAUUUUGGUGCACAUUCCUAGCAGUAGUUACUGCUGAUUAAAUCUUGAUAGGUGGAUACAUUCAAAAAUACUAACAUCUCCAUCUCAAACUUCGCCUUUAUUUAUUUUUGUAUUUAGGUUUUUAAUUUUUUUUUAAUCUUUUUUUCUGAAAAGGUGAAUCUUUAAGGGCCUUAAAACCGGAUUCAACUGGAACAAUCUAAGUUGGGUAAUUCAUUAUCUGGUUGAACACACAGCUCAUAAUCGACCUGCGCUAAAUGCCAAUAAGGUUGGUUGGCUAAUGGAUUUACUGGGCUGCAGCCAAAUAUUGUUAAUUGUCAGGACAUUUCUAAACUGCAACGCAGGGCACCUCCUUUUCUAUUCUUCUUAGGCUCCUUUUAACACAAUGUCCCAAACUUGAUCGACAAGAACAACAAGUCUACAAUUUCCUGAGGAUUUGUUUUGUGCCACCCCUCUGAGAUACAUCUCACAUGCACAGAGCCAAUAAGGGCUGGGGGAUUAGUAACUCCAAACCCCCGAGUGCAUUCCAGGUGAUGUUAAUGACCAAAAGCAGCACUGCUUGUUAGGCAAUAGGUGACCGGGCAACCGGAGGAGAACGACAACCACUGAAACGAUGACUCUUUUUGAUGAUUUUGUUUUCUUCUUCGCUUCCAAUCCCACCACCCUGUUGGGGGCUGUUGUUGUCCUGUUCAUCCUUUGCCUUGUCUCCAGCAACUUCCCCUCCAAGGAAAUGGGAAAGGAGCCCCCAGGGCCAAUGGCUCUGCCCCUGCUUGGCAACAUGCUUCAACUUGAUCUCAAGAGACCUUACAGAACCCUCUGUGAGCUUUCAGAGAAAUAUGGUCCUGUGUAUUCGGUUUACUUCGGAACAGAUAAAGUGGUCGUCCUGGCUGGAUACAAGGCAGUCAAAGAGGCUCUGGUCAGCUUCGCAGAAGAGUUUGGAGACCGGCAAAUCAGCCCUAUAUUCGAUGAUAUGAAUCGAGGUCAUGGAAUUCUGUUUGCAAAUGGAGAGACAUGGAAAGAGAUGAGACGCUUUGCCCUCACCGCACUGAGAGACUUUGGGAUGGGCAAAAAAGUCGUUGAGGACAAAAUCGUAGAGGAGUGUCAGUUUCUGAUCCAAAUGUUCAAAGAGCACAAAGGUAAACCAUUUGAUACAAAAUGUCAGGUGAAUUAUGCAACAUCCAAUAUUAUCUCCUCCAUCGUGUUUGGAAGCCGAUUUGAAUACGACGACCCUCGAUUCAAAAACUUGGUGAGGAGAGCAAAUGAGAACAUAAGCAUGGCAGGUUCUGCAUCAAUCCAGCUUUACAACAUGUUUCCCAGGCUGACAAGAUGGAUAAAAAACCGGCAGCUCAUAUUACAAAAUACCAAAGUGACCAUGUCGGAUGUCAAAGAUUUGAUCAAGCAACUGACAGAGACGCUGAACCCCCACUCCUGCCGGGGGUUCGUGGACUGUUUUAUCCUCCGGAAACAGAAAGAAGAGGACUCUCAUGUUGUGGACACCCACUACAAUGAGAACAACUUAUUAUUUACCAUAACCAACUUAUUUGCUGCUGGUACUGAUACCACUGCAAGUACACUCAGAUGGGGGUUGCUGUUUUUGGUCAAAUAUCCACAUAUACAGGACCAGGUCCAGGAGGAGCUGGGCAGGGUGAUAGGAAGCCGUCCUGUCCAGAUGAAUGACCGGAGAAACCUGCCGUACACUGAUGCCGUCAUCCACGAGACACAGAGACUGGCCAACAUUGUCCCCAUGGCCGUUCCUCACAAAACCAGCCGAGACGUCAUCUUCCAGGGCUACUUUAUUAGACAGGGAACCACUGUGUUUCCUCUUCUUACCUCUGUCCUGCAUGAUGAGAACGAAUGGGAGAGCCCACACACUUUCAACCCUUCCCACUUCCUGGAUAAGGAGGGUAAAUUCACCAAGAGAGACGCCUUCAUGCCCUUUUCUGCAGGUCGCAGAGUGUGCCUGGGGGAGAGUCUGGCGAAGAUGGAGCUCUUCCUCUUCUUCGCGUCCCUCCUCCAGCACUUCCGCUUCACUCCACCGCCGGGAGUCACAGAGGACGAACUGGAUCUUACACCGGCUGUGGGCUUCACCCUCAGCCCUUCACCUCAUGUGCUGUGUGCUGUCAGUCGCCAGUGAGGAAGACAGCCAAAGCACGGCCAUAUUAUCAAUUUCAUGAAUAUUGCUUUACUUAUUUUCUACUAACUUACUCUUUUGCCAAGGAAGCAUUCUUUUUAAAACACAGACUAAUUUGAGCGUAUAUAGACUUUCAUAGUGACCGAAUGCUUGGCUAUAUUCUUGCUUUUCAGCCACUGUUAGUUUUUUUUUCUUUUUCCAACUGAUAUAGUUUAGUUUUGCAAAUUAGAAUUUGUCAAAGAUAAUUUGCUAGCAAAUGGUAGAAAUCAUGUAAUUUGCUGUAAACUAGCUGUGAUCUUCAUUUUUUUUUCCCUGCAUUUUUCUUUCUGUUGAUUAAAAAAAAAGAAAAACCUUUUUUCCAAAGAAUUUCUGGUGUAAACAGACAAAAAGGAAUAAAAAGGAAUCCAUCAUUUUUUUUUAGCCCUGUGAAACCUGACAAUUCAUGCAUUCAUUGCAUCAUUGUGUAGUAAUCUAAUACUGACCUACCACCUCCUCCCCCCUAAACAAACAAAAGAUGAGAUAGACUGGCUAGGUGUCCACUCUGGCGCUAAACAAAGCAGUAUGUUGUAUUUCAAAGUUCACAUUCUGCCUGCACUGAAAAGUGUGCACAUAUAGAGACUCACACAGUGGAGCGGAUUAAAAAAACUAAGCAAUUUGAGGAGACUUUUAUGGUAGCACUCCCUUAAUCUGCCUGCUCGUGUCAUCUGUACACGACAAACACAAGUCAGAGCCCUCCUCAUCUGGUGUGGAUGGAGAUCAAAAUGUGUCACUGUUUCAAAUAUUCAGGUGAAGGCGUGAACCAAGGUCACGCUCGGUUUACAUGAUCUGUUCCAGACCAGUUUAGGUUGUAGACCAUGCUCCCACAGUGUGUACCAUCGUGGUGGGACUGACACAUCCUACUUAUUAUCUUCCCUUGCUCUGUGAUGGGCAGGUCUGGGGAGAUCAUUAACUGCGGAUCACAUGCCUCGCUGAAUGAAUGACUCACCAUUCGUCAACAGAUGGACUGUGAAGCCCAACUCCAAAAUCUGUUCGAGGGGUAAAAGGUCAGCUCUGACAUCCGGACCCAUACAUUACUAUGCUCGUCCCUUAUGUUUAAAAGUCCUGUGCACUUUGAAGCUAUUUGGAAGAGAUCAGUGGACUUCACCGGACACUGAGGCCAAACCAUCACCCACAUGAUGAUUCGUUAGGAGCAUGCCACAUUUGAACUUCAGUGAGAUAAUAACAGAAUACAUUUUUUACUAUGGUUAUACCCAAUGAGGAGUAUGGUGUUUAGUGAGGGAUAGAAGAAGGGAUAGUCCCGUGAUUUUGAAGUGGGGUCGUAUGAGUUACUUAUGCAUAAUUAAUGUUACCUUAUGGAGAAAGUCAUCAUUGCUGUCAUUUACGGAGUUUCUGUUGCAGAGGGGACCAAACGUCUCUUUCACCACAUUUUUAAACGCUUACCUAAAAAAAAUUACACUUAUUUUCAAGCGUACUUGAGCGGCCAUGUAUUACCACGCCAACGGGCAUAUCACUCCGCAAUCUCUGAACUAUCCCUUUAAGGUAUCACGAAUCAUGUUUCAGUGAAAAACUCAUCUGUGUUGGCUUCUCACACACUACGUUAUAAACUGAAAUUGCAAUGAGCUUUAGAUCACAA